AUGCUCAUGAACUCCCUUGCCUCCAUCCAGGCCGCUGGCGUUUACACGGCCAACACGGUGCCGAUUGAAAAGAAGUACGGCAUGCCCGCCUCGGCCAACAACGGCGCGGGCACGGCCGCCCCCGGCGGAACCAAGGCAACGACUGCCACCAACAACGAUGAUGCUGGUGGUGGUGGUGGUGACGGUGGCGCAAGCCCGGAGAAGGAUGCGCCACCAACCAACCAACAAAGUACCGGCGAGAGCGAAGAAACGGGGCAACAACGACCGAUAAAACGCGAACCGACAGAGUAG